UGUGAGAAUUCUGGGUGGAAGGGGAAAAAGAAGUUGUCGGUGUUGUUUCUCUUAUGAGCCUUUUGAAUGCAUCUAUGAAUUUUUUUUUUCAUAAAAUACAAUUUGUGUGCUUGUUAAGAAAGGAAAACUUGUCGAUGAUAUAGGCUUCACAUCAUGUAAGAAGGCUUCAUCCUUGGUGCAUGACAAUGUAAUGCAAGUAUGGAGCAUGCGCAGGGCCAGCCAUGCAAUGGUGAAACCUGAUAUUUUUUCCCUAGAAGUGCUUUUGGAUUAAAUAAAUUCACUGCCGUGAAAGCAAAAUAGACUUUGCCUAUGUCUCUGUGAAAGUAGCCAAUUCCUACUAUCGAGUGUAUCUAUCAAUAAAAGGGUAGUUUCAAGUGUUUUUAUCAAGUAGAUAAGCUUCUUGGAUGGUGCAGGACAAAGACAUUCUGGUUAUAUAUAGGAGAGAGGGGCUGCAUUGAAGCAAACUCAGACAUCACAUUGGUAGAAGGUAAAGCAAAUAAAAAUGGCAUUAUGAAGUGCAAGAGACACCAAAGGUGGCUUUUGAGAUAUUGAGGAAUUUGGAGUCAUGUUAAAGCGCCUACCUGGAAAUGUAGUUGGAGGAGAGGGAAAAUUGAAUCAUUCAGCAAGGAAAGAUUUCAAGAGCUUGCUUUGAUAUGUAUAAGUUGUAAAGAAUUUUCUGAAGAUCCAGAUCCCAGAUAAGGCUUAUUUUCUAGUUUGGGCAAUUAUUAUUUCUCCGCUUAGAUUAUGACAAGUUGAAACAUUGAACAGCAUUUUCCUGCUCAAAUUACAGGUUGUUUCAUGUAGUCAUUAGUGCAUGGCUACCUACAAAGAAAGAACUAACGACCAGUCAUGAUUCUUUUGGAAGUCCCAAUAUUAAAGAUUCAUUCACAAUUUUAGUUUCUUCUUUUGAGUUGUUAUUUCCCUCAAAUAUUGAAAGCCAGCUUCUGUGUAAGCUGCCAUUGAAUUUUAGAAAUGUUGCUUGGAGGUGCAAGCAGGGGUGGCAAUGGAUUGCUCUAUGGGCUCAAAGUGCAAGGUGCCACUGGGUUGUGGAAUGAUAAUAACUGAUGCAUUAUAAUGACUUUAUAUGUUGACGUGUUUAGCAUGUAGCAACUACAAUAGUACAUUUUGCAUGUGGCAACUACAAUAGUAAACUUAACAUGUGGCAACUACAAUGGUAAAUUAUGAUGGAAUAGGGUAAUAUAAAUCCUCAGAAUAUGUGGUUCUGUUAUUUAUAUUUCCUCAUAAUUGAUCUCUCUGAAUCCUUUGUCUCAUUGAGUAAUUGAGAUGAUUCUGUUCCAGUAUAUGGGAGUAACGUCUAGUCUUCCUUGUUGCCAAUGCAAAUCCCAAACAAACAGGCUCUUGAGCAUUGGGCUGAAGAGAAUGGAAUGAGUGGAGAUUAUCCUGUCCUCUUUAGAAUCCAGAGCCGAAGAAAUAUUGGCGGGCUAUCAAAGAUUGCAAAAGCAAAGAAGUUGAAAGGUUUUGAGUCCAUAAAAGCUGUUCACCUUGAACCAGUAGCAUUUGAAGCGGCCACAUUUGCUCGAGUACUGCCAUUAUUUGUAGCAAGAGGAUGUUGUCCAACUCCCUGUUGUCUGGGAUUUUUUGCUUGUGUUGCCUGCUUAAUGAUGGUUUUGCAGCAAUCUGAUUGUCUGUUAAACCGCUCAUGAUUCUUCCAAGACAAAAGAAGCUGUCUUUUUUUUUAGAGAAUCUGAUUGUCUGGUGGAAGCCUUAAUUUGCGAGAAGCCUUGUGCCGCCCAUUCCAUACAAUUUAUUUUGUAAAGUACGUCUUUUUAACUGUGCCGAGGUUCUUCAGAAAAAUCCCACCCGUCUGUUUCAGUCAUUAGUUUUAUUUUAUUUUAUUUUAUUUUGUGUUAUCAUAUCGGAACUCAUCCAGAUCCCGCGUUUUUUCACGCAUCUCCUGUCCAUGAUUUUAUCCAUCUGUAUGCAAAACGCUUGAUAAAAACUCCAAACUCAGCUCAUUAGUCUUGUGCCCCAUUUUGCUUCUCCGUCAAGCCGCCCAUCAGAUCUCGGUCUUCGCCCUUAAGAACUUGGGCUAAAACGCCAGGCGUUGGACCAACAGUCCAACACCUGCUUUCCUUCAUCCCGUACGUAGUAAUGGAAAAAACCAACGGCCCUUUCCGCCAACAAGAAGGAGAAAAGCGGUGGGCAUAUCUCCGCAACUGCGGUAUGCUUCAAAUCCGUAACUGCCUUCGCUUGUGUCUCCCUGAGUUUGAUUCGGGAAUCAGGCGUGGACAAUCGGAGAGAGUUCGUGUUGGAGAUGAAGCACCUCGUGGAGGUGGAGGAGGGGCGGGAGGGCAGCGACGGUGGGCCCUCCGUCGGCCCCGUCUACCGAAGCGUCUUCGCCAAGGACGGCUUCCCACCGCCCAACCCGGGCUUGGAGAGCUGUUGGGAUGUUUUCCGCAUGUCUGUGGAGAGGAAUCCAAAGAAUCGAAUGCUUGGGCGUCGCGAGUUCAUCGAUGGGAAGGCGGGUAAAUAUAUCUGGUUGACUUACCAAGAAGUAUAUGACAUUGUGAUGAAAGUUGGGGCUUCCAUUCUCUACUGUGGAGUAAAGCAGGGUGGUCGUUGUGGCAUCUAUGGUGCCAACUGUCCUGAGUGGGUCAUCGCUAUGGAGGCUUGCAAUGCUCAUGGAAUUUACUGUGUUCCCCUGUAUGAUACCCUUGGCGCUGGUGCGGUAGAAUUCAUUAUAUGUCACGCUGAGAUUCAGAUUGCUUUUGUUGAAGAAAAGAAGAUUGUGGAGUUGUUGAAAACCUUACCCAAUUCAACCAAGUUCCUGAAAACAAUUGUAAGUUUUGGGAAAGUCUCUCAUGAGCAGCGAGAAGAGGUUGAAAAGUUUGGUUUAGCAAUAUAUUCUUGGGAGGAAUUUUUGCUUGUGGGAGAAAAUCAACAACUUGAUCUUCCAGUGCAUGAAAAACAAGAUAUAUGUACAAUAAUGUACACCAGUGGAACAACAGGCGACCCUAAGGGUGUAAUGAUAUCCAAUGAAAGCAUUAUUACGCUUAUUGUUGGUGUGGAUUGGCUGCUUCAUUGUGUAAAACAGCAGUUGAAUGAUAGGGAUGUUUAUCUAUCAUAUCUGCCUUUGGCGCAUUCUUUUGAUCGAGUGAUUGAGGAAUUGUUUAUUUUUCAUGGGGCCUCAAUUGGAUUUUGGCAUGGGGAUGUCAAACUAUUAGUUGAAGAUAUCGGAGAGCUCAAACCAACUGUCUUUUGUGCCGUUCCACGUGUACUGGAUCGAAUCUAUUCAGGUCUGCAAGAUAAGAUUUCUUCAGGCGGCUUUCUGAAGCAAGCUUUGUUCCAUUUUGCUUACAAAUACAAACUACAUAACAUGAAGAGGGGAAGUAAACAUGAUGAGGCAUCUCCAGUUUUUGAUAAAAUAGUUUUUAAUAAGGUGAAACAAGCGUUUGGUGGGAAUGUACGACUCAUCCUGUCUGGAGCAGCUCCUUUAGCUACCCAUGUUGAAGCCUUUUUACGGGUGGUAACAUGUGCGCAUGUUUUACAGGGCUACGGUCUGACGGAAACUUGUGCGGGAACAUUUGUGUCACUACCAAAUGACUUUGCAAUGGUUGGAACUGUGGGUCCUCCAGUGCCAAAUGUUGAUGUGCGCCUUGAGUCUGUUCCUGAAAUGGGAUAUGAUGCCCUCUCAAGCAUACCCCGUGGAGAAAUCUGCAUCAGGGGAAAAACCUUGUUCUCAGGAUAUUAUAAAAGAGAAGACCUUACAAAUGAAGUUAUGAUUGAUGGGUGGUUUCAUACAGGAGAUAUUGGAGAAUGGCAACCAGAUGGAAACUUAAAGAUUAUUGAUAGGAAGAAAAAUAUCUUUAAACUUUCGCAAGGAGAGUAUGUUGCAGCUGAAAAUCUGGAGAACAUCUAUGGUCUUGUUCCCGAUAUAGACUUUAUAUGGAUAUAUGGGAAUAGCUUUGAGUCUUUCCUUGUUGCCAUUGUAAAUCCCAAUAAACAAGCUCUGGAGAAUUGGGCUGGAGAAAAUGGUAUCAGUGAAGAUUUUCCUGCCCUCUGUGAAAAUCCCAAAGCUAAAGAAUACAUCCUUGGGGAACUUACAAAGAUUGCCAAAGCAAAGAAGUUGAAAGGUUUCGAGUUCAUAAAAGCUGUUCACCUUGAUCCUGUACCAUUUGACAUGGAACGUGAUCUGCUUACCCCAACCUACAAGAAGAAGCGGCCACAGUUGCUCAAGUACUACCAGACGGUUAUUAACAGCUUGUACAAGAGCACCAAGUGAUCAACCAGCUGAUCAGACAGGAGUAUAUGAUCAACAGAUCUGCUGCUGCUGCUGUCUCUUUGGUUUUAGCGUGUAUAGACUAUCAGUUGGUUUAUUAAUAUUCUUGAACUUGUUUAUUUCAUAUUUCCAAACAGUUGUUUAUUAACCUACGUGUACAUGCUUGGAUGAAAGCACUCUCCUUUUGAGGGUUUUGAAGAUUAUGUGCAUGUUGAUGAUCUAAAUAACUGUUCUUGGUGAACAAAAUGUGAUGGAUUGCUGCCAUUGAGAAUUCAUAUUCAUCCUUCUGUUGGAUCA